AUGGCACAGUUCAACAUUUACACAGACAAUAGAAACAUGGGCGAAAAGUGCGUGCUUCCACCAUUAUUUGGCAACAUCUCAGAGUAUUGUUAUAAAAUGGCUAUCUCCAAGAAUCUCCCACUCUUAAAGAACCAUUUCAGAAAGCACUGGCAAGAACGUGUCCGUGUCCACUUGGACCAGGCCGGUAAGAAGGCUUCUAGACGUCAAGCUAGAGCUGCCAAGAGUGCUAGACUGGCUCCUAAGCCAAUCGACUCUUUGAGACCUAUCGUCAGAGCCCCAACCAUCAAGUACAACAGAAAGGUCAGAGAAGGUAAGGGUUUCUCCCUUGCUGAGCUCAAGGCUGUCGGACUCUCCGCCAAGUACGCUAGAACCGUUGGAAUUGCUGUCGACCACAGACGUCAGAACAGAUCCGAGGAGGGAUUCAAGGUUAACGUUGACAGACUCACCGAGUACAAGUCUAAGCUGAUUGUCUUUGGAAAGGCCACCCCAGCUGCCGAGUACAAGGCCGUUGAGCAGAUCAUCACUCCAGCUGCCUUCCCAGUUGUCCAGCCAGUUGUUGACGUGACCCCAAGAGCCGUUGUUGUUCCAGAGCAGACCGCCUACAGAACCUUGCGUCUGGCCAAGUCCGACAAGAAGUACAAGGGUGUCAGAGCGAAGCGUGCUGCCGAGAAGGCCGAAGCCGAAGCUGACAAGAAGAAAUAA